AUGAUUUUGGGGCAAGAGGAAUAGGUUGGACCCCAUCCAUUCCAAAGUCAACCCGAGCCUCGCACUUUUCCAUCAUGCUUACCGAGACCGAAAUUGGUUCGCAAUGCCAAGCUGACUGCUCGGAUGGUUGGACCAGGGCAGAUGGUGCCGCCCCAUCCAUGUUGGGCAAGGGGUCUCGAUCAUCAGCCGCUUAUCUUGCAAAAGGGUUGGCGGGACUGCCACACCGCGCUGCACGCCUCGACGCACAGGGCUGGCCGGGCCCCAUCGCCGGGAGCACAGCUGGUCUCGAUUACUAA